UCUAUCAGCUAGGCAUACAUGUGUGGAAAUUCGAUAUUCUCACUAAAUUAGCUAAUUUUUAGCUAUGUUCCAUGUUUAUCUCUAGACCUUUGUGUAUUAAAUCCUAUCUCGGGCUGUUCUCUUUAUACACAAGUGUGUUUUGCUUGUGCCUUCCUGUCUUCUUCAGUGAGGAGCUUUAUGUAGGUCAGGCUUGGCUUAAGCAGAUUUCCUGAACCUGCGUCAGCUUAAGCUGGAGGAAUUUUAAUAAACCCUCCCCUGUAGGCGUGGGCCUAAAUGAGGCUAGCCUAGUUAAGCCUGAUCUUUUUCUGUUUGUGAAAAGAGCUGAGCAGAGCUAAAGGCUGCUGCAUGGUGGUUUCAGAAACUGCCUACUUAAUUUGAAAAGAACAAUGGUAGGAAAGGCUAGAUCUUCCAAUUUUACCUUAUCUGAAAAGCUUGAUUUGCUAAAGCUUGUGAAGCCAUAUGUUAAAAUUCUCGAAGAACACACUAAUAAACAUUCAGUAAUAGUGGAAAAGAAUAGAUGUUGGGAUAUCAUAGCAGUAAACUAUAAUGCAAUUGGAGUAGAUCGCCCUCCUCGAACAGCCCAGGGCCUACGCACCCUUUACAAAAGGCUCAAAGAAUAUGCCAAACAGGAGCUCUUGCAGCAAAAAGAGACCCAAUCAGAUUUUAAAGGCAAUAUUUCUGAGCCAACCAAGAAAGUUAUGGAGAUGAUUCCCCAGAUUUCCAGUUUUUGCCUGGUAAGAGACAGGAACCACAUACAAAGUGCAAACUUGGAUGAGGAAGCACAGGCUGGUACGAGUUCACUACAGGUAAUGUUGGAUCACCAUCCAGUUGCUAUUACAGUGGAGGUGAAGCAAGAAGAAGACAUUAAGCCCCCUCCUCCACUCGUUUUAAAUUCUCAACAGAAUGAUAUUUUAGAACAAAGAGAAGACCAUGAAUUAGUACAUGUUAUGGAGAGAUCUUUGUCGCCGUCACUUUCCUCUGUUGAUAUGAGAAUGACAUCGUCUCCAUCUUCUAUCCCAAGGAGAGAUGAUUUUUUUCGGCAUGAGCGUGGAGAACACUUUAGGUCACAAUUAGGGUAUGAUCCUCAGAUUCUGCAAAUGCUGAAAGAGGAGCAUCAGAUAAUUUUAGAAAAUCAAAAAAAUUUUGGAUUGUAUGUUCAGGAGAAGAGGGAUGGAUUGAAAAGAAGGCAGCAGCUAGAGGAAGAGCUGCUAAGAGCAAAAAUUGAAGUGGAGAAGCUGAAAGCAGUUCGCUUACGGCAUGAUCUGCCUGACUAUAAUAGUCUCUAAUAUUUUUUUCAGUCUUGCAACUUGAUAAUUUUAAUUUUGGCCAAAUUACUUUCAUUUGGGAAUAUCCUGAAGCAGAAUACAUACUCUUAAAAAGUGUUGUUGUUAAUCUCAGUUGUGAAAAAACAUUUUUUGACAUGAUUUUCUAAUUACUUAAUUUUCUUUUGAGAUAUAUUAAAACUGAUUGGUUGGCAUGGUUAUAUGUUUUGUCUUCAGUUUUUUUACUAAGAAGUUUAAUUUUUGGCCUUACAAAAGAUUUAUUUUGAUUAUUAAAUUAGAACACAAAUAAAUAGAUAUAAAGACAGAUAUAUUCUUUCAAAGUUCUGAGUCUUCACUUUGAAACCUGUAGUUCAGGGUUCAGCCUAAUUUAGAAGCAAUACUAGCCUAGUUAAUAGAAUCUUGCCUAUAUGACAUUGAUUUUUAUGCUUUCCUGUUUUUUGAAGAAGUCAUAGGGUUCUAGGGAUGGGAAGGUAUUUGAAAAUCACUUUCCACCUCUUCAAUUUAGAGGUAAUGAAACUGAGAUCCAGGGAGAACUUCCUGAUUUGAUGUAACAAAGUUAUUUAUGACAGAAUAAGGACCAGCCCUCAGUUUUUGUUUCUUUGUAGUUUCCCCCCUGCUAUUCCACAGAGGUAAAAGUCCACUAAAAUGACCUCCUUAUGAAAAAAAUUAUGGAAGGGUUUAUUACAUUACUAUUGCUUUUAAAGAUUCAUAGGUUAUGAAAUCAGGGGACUUGUAUUAGUUAUUUUCAAUCUUCUUCCCUUUUUUGUCCUGCAAAAUAAGAUGUUCUUUUGGAGCUGUUAUAUAUUUUAGCUAUAAGAUUUAAUGUCUUAAUUCAUUUUUAAUGUCUUAUUCUGAAAAAUAUUUCACAGUACAAAUCACAGUAAAAAAGUUUUAAUGAACACAAUUAAAAUUUUGCAUAGAAAUAGCAAAAAAUAGUUAUGAUUUGAUCUAUGAUAUUUUUGUAAAUACUGCUUUUUUAGUAUUUGCAGAAAUAAGUAAAAUCUCGAUUCUUAAAGCACACAUUAAAUUUAAGUUAAAUUUUUAAUACGUAUAUUCUGUUCUUGCUGGUGCUUUGUUCACGAAGGAUGUUUGAGCCAAGCUUUAGAAUGGUGUAGGUAGAAUUUCAGUGUAGUAGAAAAGGAUGUUUAAGUCAGAGUGUGCAACUUGGAAAAAGGCAUAGAAAGUGGGGAACAGUGAAAUCAGGGUGUACCAGCACAAAUACAGGGUAGGCCAGGUGAUUUUAAGUGGGUCUAGAGAGAGCCAGUUAGGGCUUGAUUACCUGGAUUUAGGAUUAAAUGAGUAGCUACUGUUCAGCUCCGGCAGAAUUUUUACAUGUAGGAAUACAGCAGAAAUCUGCAUUUUUUAUGUGGAUCAUUUUCACAUUUUCAAACUUAAAAAUGUUUGCAAAUAAUUUGAAAUGUUUUAAAAACACUACACACAAUGGGGGUGGGCCUCAUUCAGCCAGUGGGCUUCCAGUUUGUGGCCUUUGGAGUAGAGUAAUGGUUCACCAGGAGCAGAGCUGACCAGUAUGAGAACGUUGUGGCACGUGUAAAUCCAGUCCUUUUGAAUCAGAAACUCUGGGGGUGGAAUCCAACAGUCUUUUAAAAAUCUUAGAGAUUCUGAUGCAAGCUAAAGUUUGAGAACCACUAGAACAGAGUACUUGGAAAGUAGCUUGGUGCCUAAAUCAUACAAGAUUCUCAGAAAAAAUUAGUGAAAAGAGAAAUGGGUGAAGGUGAAUUGAGGGACAUCAGUUUGGAAGUUGAUUGAUGCCACAUUAUAGAUUACACUGAAUGUUGUUUAUAAAUAAUCACAGUUGAAUGUACAAUGGGAAAUCAUUGAAGGCUUUUGACUAGAGGAUUAUAAACUAGAGCUCUGAGUUAGUGUCAUAAUAGCCUUUAUGGGGUAGGUGUUUAGUGAGAGGAAAUUAAAUCCAGAAUUUAGGGUAUGGCUAUUGAAAUAAAAUGGAUUUGCCUGGUACUAUUUUAUAUUUUAGCUUGUUGAUUGCUUAAUUUCAUUGGCAUUUUAUAUCUGCUGUUAGAGUUAGAUAUUUUAUUAUAAAAAUGCCUUGAAUAUGUAAUAUGAGAUCAACAUUUGACUUUUCUUUGAGUCUAAACACUGGACUCAAGAGAUUAUUAGAAUCUUAUAAUUCUAACUUAAUGUUUUUGCAAUAUAAUUCUAGUAAAUGUAUCCUUGAAGUAGUCAGUUUUAACUUUUUGGAAUUCUUGAAAGCCAAUUACCAUAUGUAAUGGAAUUCAUAUUAUAAUCUCAGCAUGCUACUACUCAGAAUUGAUGUGAAUGUUCAAUUUGAAUGUUGACUUUGUGCAGCUACAUCAGUUUUUCAAACUCUGUUCUGUAGAACAUUAAUUUCGUGAGAUGUUUCUAGGAAACUUCUAUGUUCAAAAAAGUGCUACACACAUUUUUUUUAUGUGUAUGGUUAGGUUCUAAAAUCAGUGUGGAAGGUAAAAAUGUACAUACAAAAUUGCCCUUGAAAGUUUUUUUGCUGCCCAUAAAACAGUGUAAACAGUAGUCUUCUAGGAUCAUAUUUUUCCUUGAGUGUUCUUCAAGAUUGUUUCUUUGGUUGUGUCAGGUGACCGAUCCUUUGCAUUUAGGGAUUGAGUAGAAUAAAAUACUUUAUUUUUGCAUAUGUUUAAACACCAGAAUUGUACUCAUUUCAGUGAGUUUACUGCCGCAGUUUUUCUAGUCAAUCUUGUUUAAUUUUAAUUUGCAAAAAUUUAAAUACCAUGAGCUUUACCUAUGAAAUGUAAUGCCAGAAAACAUAAGGAAGAGUGAUUUUAUUUUUAAAAUGUAGACUUGAUUCUGUAAAAGCAUAUUAAAUUAGAAAAAUAAGCUAAAUCAAAAUAUUUCAUCUAGUAUAUUAGUAAUUUCAAUAGUGGAUAGGAUAUUUUAGCCACUUCCUAACUUCUUAUCCAUGUGGACUUAAAUGACACAUUGUUAUUUUUACAACUUGAUUUUCUAAACUAGGUAUGAUUUAUAAUGACAUCCUGAAAAAGUUAAUGAAACUUUCAUUUCUAAAAAUGCCGUUAAAUUUCUCUUAAAAUAUUCAAAUUAAGUACUUUGCUUUUUUAUAUGAGUCAUCAACUUGGUGUAAGUUCGUUUUUUAAAGAUUUCACUCUACCUUAUUGUAUCUUAUGUGAAAAUGUUUAGACUAUGAACUAUUUUCCAUGUGCCUUCCUUUAGAGUAAUGUCAAAUUUUAAAGACCUGUUUAAAUAAUUUACAGUGUGAUAAAUUGUAUUUAGUAUAUACUGUAGAUGACAAUGGUUAAAUGCUUUGUUAAUACAUAUUCUUUGAAAUACAAGGUAAUACAUUGUACUGAUAUGUGUACUCUUUAUGUGCCAGAAGACAAGGAAUUCACUACCCCUGAGGUAAAAUUUUUUGAUGAGGCACAAUUGAAAUAAAUUUAUUUAAAUAGUUGUGUUCAUAGUAAACAAUGUACCAUGUCUAAAUAUAAUAUAUUUAUUUUUUCAAGUGCUAAGAUUCACAAAUUCUUAAAAUCAGUUAAGUAUCUGAUGGUGAAUUGGUAGUAAAUAUUUAAAAAUAAUUAGAUGAAAUGUGGUUAACAAACACAAAAAAGUAAAUUCUUAAGAUACACAACUUAAUUAAAUAUUAGCAGUCAUGCUAAAUCUUUGCAUAUGAUUUUGAGAGAUUGAGUCAGUAUAUUUUUAUAUAUCUUAAUUGAUUAAAACUAGUAGCUAGAAUUUGAAUUUAUAUUAUUUUUAGCUUUCAGUUGCUUUGUAAGUAGUGGAAUGCCAAACAAAUAAGUAAAAUAAAAAUCCCAUCCUAGUUAGCUCCCAAAUAAAUAGACAUAUCAUAGAUUUACGCUGUUAGUCGAUCUUUCAUGUUUUAAAAUUAUGUGUAAAUUCACCUUACAAAAAUUAAGAAACUCUUCAAAUAGAAAAAGUUAAAAGCAUUUUACAGUAAGCAUUCAUAUGCCUACCACCUAAAUUCUGCAGUUAUGGUUUUGCUAUAUUUGCUUAAUCAUGUAUCCAUCCAUCCAUUUAUCCAUCAAUUCAUUUUUAAAAAUAAAAUGGUUAUUUAAAACAAGUUGGAGAUUAUUUAGAGUACUUUACCCCUAAACAUUUCAACAUAAGUAUUAUGAACUGGAAUUUAAGUAUGUAUGUAUGUAUUUGUGUGUGUGUGUGUGUGUAUCUUUUGAGUAAGAUUUGUUUGUUUUUUUUUUUUUUGAGUAAGAUUUGUAAAUGUGAAAUGUACAAAUCUUAAAAAAUGAGUUUUGACAAAUGACUCUUGCCUGCGUAGCUUAAAAUCUCUAUCAAGAUUUAGAAUGUUAUUAUUACCUUAGAAAGUUCUCUCCUGCCCCUUCCUAAUCAGUCUCUUGGCACCUCAGAUAAUCGUUCUAAUUUUUAAAAAAUCAUAGAUAAGUUUCACCUGUUCUAGAACUUUAUGUAAUUGGAAUUAUACAGUAUGUACCCUUUGAUUCUGUUUACUUUUACCUAUUUUAGCAUUUUUAAUACCAUGUUGGUUCAUCCUCUUAUAGUAGUUCAUUGCUUUCUGUUGUUGAGUGGUAUUCUCUUGUAUAAAUAUACCUCAGUUUAUGUAUACAUUAUUUUUGAUGGACUUCUGGGCUAUUUCCAGAUUAUGGCUAUUAUGUAUAAAGAUUCCAAGUGUUCUUGUAUACAUUUGUUGUGGACAUAAUGCUGGAUUAGGGAAGAUCUAUAUGUUUAAGUUUUUAAGAAACUGCCAGGCCUUUUCCCAAAGUGAUUGUACUGUUUUACACUUUCAUCAACAGUGUAUGGUUUUUUGUUUUUUGUUUUUUUAUUCAAAUAAAUUUUUGCAUGCUCAAUGA